GGUUUCCAGUGAAGGGGAGGAGGGGGAAAGGCUGUGCGACACUCGGCGCAUUCGCUCUGUUGGACUACCGCACGUUACAGCGACCACACAGCAUCAACUUCAAAACAUAUCGAAAACGGAGGAGGGAGGGUACUGUCGGGAAUAUAAACGGUUUACAAGCUACUUCACCAGCCAAGGGAUAUAAAGCAGUCCAUCAGAUCUGUGCUGGAGUGAAGGUCCAGUUGGUGUCCAUACAGUGCGCCAUACAGUGAGCUGCGUGGCUGCCGGCCCAGUGGGCUGCCAGAGGAGUCUCAGAGCUGUGGAUUGCAUCAUUAUACGACAAAAGCAAUUGGAAUCAGAGCUCUCCCUCCCUCCUCUUCCUCUAUCUCCUCUUCUUUUUCUCUCGGCCUGACUCUCCCCAUACACAAACCUUCUGACCACUCCUCCCACACUGGGUAUGGUCCACUCCCCCCCGACUCCCCAGCCAGUCAGGCAGUGAGUCGAUGGAAGCUGUGUAAUCCUCUGUAAAGUAUAGGGCCUAUACGGCUGCAUAUGCUCCCUUUUGUCAUGGCGACUGUUGUUGUUGCAGAGGCCUCCCUCAGGAGAGCACAUGAGGGAGAACAGAAGGCAGCAUAAAGCCCACAAAGGGAGGAAGAGAGAGCGAUAGACACUGACGCCGCUAUUUAUUUGACCAUAGGAGAGUGAGCUCCACAGGGCAGUGGAUGGCAUUCAUUGGGGGUGAAACUACAUGAUGUGGGACUGGCAUUACCACCCCACGCCAAUCACAAAUUGGACCAACAGUCAUUUUUGGAGAUAUUUGCCACAUAGUGUGCUGCAGCAAGGGAUGCAGUGAAACGGAGACAAAAAGACAAGACGGUUUUUUUCUUGAAUUACAAUACUUUUCUAUUUUUCCUCCCCUUGGUGGUCUUUUUCAAUUUCAGCCUACCAAAAGUGCCUUUUUUGUCAACUUUUUACUCAUCUUCCCCUAUAUUCAUAUUCCUAAUUACCACAGAUUACCGUAUGUUAUUUAGCAUACAGUAACGGUCACAUUCAAUGGUUGUUGCCAUAUUUUGGGUACCUAUUUUAUGUAGUGUGGGCCACAGCACCAACCUCCAUCAAAUACACAGACGACAAUCAUCACUUUUCCAAGUAGUGUCUCUGCUUGGGGAGAGCCUAUUUAGUGACUUUUUGCACUGUCUUCUCCCAACCCUUGUUGCUUUGACAACAUCAACAUGAUCAGUAUCCAGUCCAAAUGGCGCUACCUUUUCAUGUUUCUGGGCAUCCAGCUGGUGGUCAUGGCGCUGCUGUCCCGAGAGGGAUACCAGAAGAGGGUCUCCUACUUCAUCCGCAUCUUCCGCAAGCCCGACACCACUGGUUUAUCAGGCCGCAACCAAACAACAGUGGGCAUACCUGGAGGGGAUGUAUAUGCCAACCUCUCAACACUUUUCAAAACUCAUGUCAAUGAAGAUCACAUGCCCUUGUGCCCUAAGACGUCCCCUCUUAUAGGUGGGCCGAUUCACGUCAAAUUCCCAUCGGGGCUGACUCUAGCAGAGGUGCAGAGGAAGAAUCCACUGGUGAUGCGCGGAGGACGCUACCGGCCGCCUGACUGUGAGGCGAGACACCGAACGGCCAUCAUCAUUCCCCACAGACACAGAGAACACCACCUCAAGUUCCUUCUAUACUACCUGCAUCCUUUUCUGCAGCGACAACAGCUCAACUACAGAAUUUACAUCAUUCACCAGGCUGGAACAUACACUUUCAACAGGGCCAAGCUGAUGAAUGUGGGUUUCCGAGAAGCCAUGAGGGAGGAGGACUGGGACUGCCUCUUCUUCCAUGAUGUGGACCUCAUCCCGGAGGACGAUCGCAACACGUACGUCUGCGACUCCAACCCCAAGCAUGUGGCCAUCGCCAUGGACAAGUUCGGCUACAAGCUUCCGUACAAGAUGUACUUUGGAGGAGUGUCCGCUCUGACGCCACUGCACUACCUCAAGAUUAAUGGCUUUCCCAACAACUACUGGGGCUGGGGUGGAGAGGACGACGAUAUUGGACUCAGAGUGUCUCUGGGGGGGAUGUACAUCAGUCGACCGUCAGUGAAGGUCGGCCGUUACAAGAUGAUUAAACACAAGCUGGACAAAGGCAAUGAUGUGAACCCAAAGAGGUUCAACAUGCUGGCCAAAACACGUCAGACCUGGAAGUCGGAUGGGAUGAACACAGCUGAAUACGAGCUGAUCUCACGGGAAUACAUGCCCCUCUACACCAACAUCACUGUUAACAUCGGCACUGAGGCCGGUCUACAUCCCCCUCCACCUCCACAUCCUCCAGAAAAAGCUGCUGAAAAACAUCCAGAGAAAAAAGCACCUGCCGAAGUCCCAGUCAACGUCCCAGCCAAAAUUACAGAAGGCUACACUAACAAAAAGCCAACACAAAAGACUUCUAAUCAUGUAUAACGCUGCCAUGACUUCAAUGGGAUAAUCCUAUUGGUCGAGCUGUAGGAUGCUGUUUUUUCUCCUCAAUCACCUGGAGCUGUUUUCACUUUUUGGUCCGUUUUUGGUGGCAGUUCUUUGUGGACAGUGGGCCACUGAUUUGGGUGAUUUAAAAAUGGUGAUUUUCUUUUUUUGAAAAUGAAAACAAUUGACCUGAAUUUGUCAACCCUUAGAUGACGGCUCUCCACCUUGGCUCCUGUUCUAUCACUGACUCUUCUUCCAAUGGGAGCCACAGUGAAGGGUAAACGUUGGACUCUGUGAGUUUAUAUAUCUACAGCGCUGUGGUCGCUGGCUAAACCUUGUGAUGCCUUAGAAGCUUGUUUUGUUUUCCUUCUCUUCACUCGUACCUUACAUUAUUCCGAAUAUUGGGUUUAAUAGAGCAGUAGCUGUAAUUUCCAGCAGUCGCACUCGUUUUGUUUGUCCAAAUGCCAAUGAGUACAUGACUGAAGGAGACAGAUUCUUGUUUCUAGUUGAGUGUGUGUGUGAAGCUGCUACAAUGAGUGAUGAAUGAAGGAACUUGAAAAUGUUGUUUGUUACUGCUUCUGACUGAACGCUGCACGCACGCCACCUGUCUGCAAAUACCUGGGGUCUGGUUUAGAAAGACCUUUAUCCGUUUGGUUUCUGCGUCAGGUGGACUAAAUCCUUCAAAUGUUUUCAAAGUUACAGAUGCUGUACAUUUAAUGUCAUUUUCAGUGGAAAUGCUAACGAGAAUAAGAGUUCAUUUUACGUCUUGGUUCUGUAAACCAAGGCCAAGGUACAGUUCUAUGUAAAGAUAGUGCAUUCAAUUCAGCCUUUCACAUUUCAGCAUAUGGGAUAUCUACAUUUGAUUUUUUGUUAUUGUGUGCAUUCACCUUUAUCCAAUAGAGCACCUCUUUGUGACGGUGAUCAGUCCUCUGCCUUCAGAUGAGCUUGAGAUUCACAUCAAAAUGGAGUCUGUCUUGCUUUAAGAAAAUGUUUAUUUAUCAUUUGAUCAUGUGCAGUGUACUUUACAUCUCCUUAUGUAGAUGUUUCCCCCUAAGAGUGCUGGCUUACUCCCACAACACUUUAUAUGCAGUCAAAUGUUAUAAUGUAUCUUUUGCCCACUUCCUUUCCUUAAUCUAUACAUAUCAUGGAGAAAUGCACUCAAAAAAGUAAAAAUAUAUAUAUAUAAUUUACCUCAGUUCUAUUGAAGGAAUAUUAUGAUCUUGUUUGUGUUUUGAGAGAAUUCUGUGACUUCUUGUUAGGAUAUGAUUCAUUAAAACCGCCACAGAAUAGUGUCUAAAUGGCACUCAAUGAAACUGUGUUAAAAUUAAGCAGAUUAUAUCAUUUCACGGUUUCUUAGCAAUAUUGCUAUAGUCUCACCACAAUGUUUAUUUUUCUUUUCUGUUCUCCCCUUUCAAACACACAGAAACUAUUUGUCCCCGUGUAAUUUUCAAGUUUCUCCAUAAUCUUACUCUGGAAGCCUUCACAUCGAAACAUCUGCCAUUUCCUUUCCACUUGUGCCCGUAUACUGCAUGUCUGCUCCUCCUUCGCUUCUCUCCACUCUGACAGAUUUGAUUGUAAACAUGCGAAAAAAGAAACAGUCCCCUCUUCCACUGAGAGUGGCUGUACUGGCAGGUGAACAGGCUGAAACCAAAGAUGACUGCAUGGAAAGCUGUGUCGAGGGAUAAAACAUUGUGUGUGUGUAUACUUUGUUGUGAAUGAUUUCCGUACUACUCUUAUGUACAUACCUUUCAUCUCUUCCUAUCAAUACUUGUAUGUUGUUCAAAGAAUCUCACACCAACAUGUAUUCAAAACACUCAUAAUUUACAGUUGUUUAUUUUUUGUGAAGAGAUGAAGAUGGUCCAUGAUGAUUACAAGUGAUUUAUUUUCUGAAUGCUGUACUGAAAACUUAUUUUUUCAUCAUGACAUUGGACAUUUGUCCGUGUUAGUGGAUGAAUUUGAGCUCUGAGAGUGUCCGUCUGUGAUUUUCAUAAUUAGAUGACUAUAUACUGUAUUAUCAUUUUGAUGUGACUUCAUAUUCGACUCCUAUGGCCUUAGCAACACAUAAUAGUGGUAUUUCAACUUGUGCUCACUAAUACAAUAGCAUCUUUAUAUCAAGACUUAAUAUGCAUGGCAACAAACCUAUUAGCGAGGAAGUGUACCGAGCACAAUGUGAAGAUGAUACAUAUCAGUGCUCCUCUAGAAAAAUAUGAAGCAUGCUGAAGUGUCUAUGUUGUGAACUGGAAAUGUUCUUAUUGUGACUGUAAAUGCAAGUUUCUGCUGUGGGGAAUGCUCCUCACUGUUAAAUGUAAGGAUUAAAGCAGGGCAUUUCUCAGAAAGAUGUACAAAGGAAGCUUAUAUUCCCAAAGUCACAGCAUACAGUCUCCAUCAUCAACUGCAACACUCGACCUGAUGUUUUGUGUUUCUGAUUUAAGCUACUUUAUGUUUGAUUUGACUCCGUUCUGAUGUAGAUCAGCAGCAAUAGAAAGCAGUCAUCACAGGGUAGCACUGAAGUAACCAAGAGCAACGUGACUUUGUGAGUUAUUUCUGCUCUUUAUGAAUUCUGCACAGUCCAGAGUGGCCUUAAAUUCAUUAAUAAACUGAUUAUUCAAAAGCAA